AAAACAUGGGCAGCCGUUACUGUAUUGACAUUACUUAUAUCCCUGCUAUAUUGUGUUUCUUGGAGUUACCAAACAAUGUCUACUGUGAGAGAAGGGAAGAAGAAAGAGAAGAUAGCUGCAGAGCCUGCGGCUAUUUCAUGGAAAGAGAAAAAAGAUCUUGCUGACAAAGAAGAAGAGGCCUUGGUAAAAGAUAUUGAAGAUCUUAGAGCAUGGACUGACAAGAUUGACGCUAUGAAUGAUGAGCAGUUGAAGGAAUAUCUGAAAAACAGACCUGAAGAAUUAAAGACCGUGAAGAUCCAAAAGAGCAAGCCUAGGCAAAAAGUUCAACGGCUCGGGAAGGCUAAAUCUUCAGCUUCAAUGGGAAUAAUGGCUUCAGUGUGGAAAUUUCAUAAAGAAGACAAUGAUGACUCUGUGAGACCUGAUGUUUGAAAGGCUUCCAACUCAACUUCAUUGUAUAUGCACUAGCUUCUUCUUCACCAUAUGGUGGCAACUGAUCAUUUCCUUCAGUGUUUUUUUUUUUUUUAUCCAUGCUUGUUUGACAGCAAGGUAUAGCUUGUGUCACAGAAAAUAAGUAAAAAGCCACCACUUAG